CGCAUGCGCAUUGCGGGCUCAUAACCUGAUGCUUGCUGGGAAAUGUUCUCUUUCGUCCUUCGUCUAAAGAAGGUAAAUCAGCACGAUGACCCGCUACGCAACAGAUCCAGAAAACCCAACAAAGUCGUGCAAGGCGCGGGGCUCUAACCUUCGUGUGCACUAUAAGAACACCCAUGAAGCCGCCAUGGCGAUAAAGGGAAUGCAUGUCCGCAAGGCAAACAGAUACUUGAAGGAUGUGUGCGCCAAGAAGCAGCUUGUGCCUUUCAGGAAGUAUAAUGGAGGUGUUGGCCGCAAAGCUCAGGCAAAGAACCUAAAGGUUCCCGGAUCUCAAGGUCGAUGGCCAAAGAAGAGUGCUGAGAUUCUUCUUCAGCUCCUGAAGAAUGCUGAGAGCAACGCUGAGUUCAAGGGUCUCGAUGUUGACUCACUUGUCGUGGAACACAUCCAAGUGAAUGAGGCCCCAAGUAUGAGGCGUCGAACCUACAGAGCUCACGGCCGAAUCAAUCCCUACAUGAGCUCCCCCUGCCACAUUGAGUUGAUCCUCUCUGAGCAUGAGACUGUUGUCCCCCGUGCUGAGGAUGAAGUUGAGGUCAAGAAAGUCUCCAAGAAGAAGAUGGCAAGAGAAAAGAUGAAGAACAGGGAAUAAAUGAUCAGCGAUGCUGGCUGGCGGUGUAUAGAAAUAAAAUAAUCUGUUUCAA